AUGUGAUCAUGUCUGGAUUAAUCAUAUAUAUUCAGUUCUUCGUUAACCGCUCUUAUCAAUAGGUUGUGAUCCACAAUACCUUUAAAAUUUGUUAAAUCUAUAGCGUAGUAUCCAUUGACGGAUGGCAAACGGAUUGAAAUCCAUCUAUUGACAUCGACGUGACAUCAAACCCGACAACAACAAUCAUGGCAAACUUAACUAACAUCCACUUCAUCGCGGAAGCCAAAAAUCAAUUUUUCAACACAUUGGAAAAAGAAUUAGUAUUCGACGAUGUGGUUGAUUCGUGGUUUUUAAUGCGAUCACCAUUGCCAGUUUUUUCUAUUGUAGCAGUUUAUUUAUUGUUCAUUUUAAAAAUUGGUCCAAAUAUGAUGAAGAACCGUGAACCAUUCCGACUCAAACACAUAAUGUUAGCUUACAAUCUUUUUCAAACAGCUUAUAAUGCAUUUAUACUGUAUUUGUUAUUUUUUACACCAGGAGGAUUGAAAAGCAUGUGGAAUCAUUCAUGUCAUCCAAUUGAAAGAAGCAAAAAUACAUUCUUAUUAUAUGAGUUGAAUAAAGGUUCGUGGUACUUUUUCAUCUCCAAAGUCAUUGAUUUAUUGGAUACGAUAUUCUUUGUUUUAAGAAAAAAACAGUCCCAAGUUACAUUUUUACAUGUAUACCAUCAUUCAAAUAUGGUUAUCACGUGUUGGGCAUAUUUGAGGUUCAUCAAAGGUGAACAAUCAACAUUACCAGGGGGAAUUAAUUCAUUUAUCCACACUAUCAUGUACUUCUAUUACUUCCUAGCGGCCUUAGGGCCACAAAUGCAACCUUAUUUGUGGUGGAAGAGAUAUUUGACUAGAAUGCAAAUUAUUCAAUUUGUAAUUGUUUUACUCUGGUAUAUAGGACUUGUCUGUUUUAAUUGCGAUUAUCCGAAAAUUUACAUUUAUUACAUGUUUGCGAAUGUAACACUCUUUCUAUACUUAUUCUCGUUGUUUUACAAAAAAACGUACACCAAAAAACCCAAAACUGUCAAAUCGAACUAAAUAUUAAAAAGAGCACAUCAUAAUUAUUGCAAUAGUCUGAAUGAGUCUAUAAUACCGAUGAAGUAUUAUGAAAUGAUCUAUUUUGACGAAACAUUAUGAUAUGUAAAUCUGUUUAAAGUUCGAAAUUCUGUUUCUGUAAAUAGGUAUAAUUUAUUAUGUAUAAAUAUUAAAAAUAAGAUGUAAUUACAUCAAGACGUUUAAAAGAAUAAAUUAUUUUAAAUAGAUAAAUUAUUAUAAAUUAUUACAUAUUUAUUUUUUAUUUUUAUUUUUACUAUUAUUAUAUUUAUGGAUUUCAAGGUUAUGAUUAAUAUAUUAAUUUAUCAUCAAUAUUGUUCAAUGUUUACAUAAAAUAUCUAAUAUAAUGAGUAAUGCGUGUCAAGUUGUAAACAUGCGAUUUUGCAAUGAAAACAUGUUUUAAUUAAUUACCUGAUAUUAUUGUUAAAGGUAUGUGACUUAGGAAACUCUACAGCCUACAGGUAUAUAAACUUAUGAUAUUGAUAUGUAUUGUGUAUGUAAAUAUUUAAUUUGUAAUAU